UAAUGCAACACUAAGGAUACCAGCUGCCAUUAAACUUCAAAGAAGAAGAGGAAGAAGCUUCCCCUCCCCUCCCCUCAGCCAGCUGUCUGAUCGGUGAAAUAAACAUGACGAUGUUGUCAACAACGAUGUUCUCAGUGCAGCUGCACUAAAAGUACAGCACCGAAUACAACAAAGGACGUUGGAAAUUGUGGUUAGAUAAAUUUGUGACAAACUGUUGUGUUGAGUUCUUGGAUCGGGACAAACACCAUUUAACAGGUUGAGGAGUGGACGUAAACACUGCAAUGCCUCUGCUGUUUUUGGAGAGGUUUCCUUGGCCCAGCCUGCAGACCUACACAGCACUGAGUGUGGCUUUGCUUGCUGGCAGUAUCUUCAGUGCCUACACCACUGUGACUGACCCGGGGUUUGGGGCCUUGGAAACUGAUGAAACACCAGCCCCCUCUGAAGUGGCUCUUGAACAUCUAAACAAUGAUAUUAGUAACACAGAAUUGGCAACCACUGUCCUGUGGUAUCUUGUCACUGACAGUCUCUUUGUAUGGGUCUUAGUCAACACAUUCUGCUGCUCUUUGAUGUUAAUUGCUAAAAUUAUUCAGUAUGUGGUGUUUGGCCCGCUUAGGGUCAGUGAGAAGCAGCACCUCAAAGAUAAAUUCUGGAACUUCAUCUUCUACAAGUUCAUUUUCAUCUUUGGCGUAUUGAACGUGCAGACAGUGGAGGAGGUGGUCAUGUGGUGUUUGUGGUUCUCUGCCCUGGUCUUUCUCCACCUCAUGGUACAGCUCUGCAAAGACAGAUUUGAAUAUCUGUCUUUCUCGCCCUCCACUCCCAUGAACAGCCAUGUGCGAGUGCUUUGUCUGCUGGUCUCCCUGCUGCUGGACUGCUGUGGCCUGGCUGUGGUCUGUGGUCUGCUGGGAGCUACCCAUGGCAUGCACACCCUCUCUUUUAUGGCAGCAGAGUGUCUGCUGGUGACUGUACGCACUGGGCAUGUCAUCAUGCGAUACUCCAUUCAUCUGUGGGAUCUGAACCAUCCAGGGACCUGGGAGAGUAAGGGAACAUAUGUCUACUACACAGACUUCAUCAUGGAGUUGGCUAUGCUCUUUCUGGACCUCACGCACCAUAUCCAUAUGCUGCUUUUUGGUAACAUCUGGCUGUCCAUGGCAAGCUUGGUUAUCUUCAUGCAGCUGCGGUAUCUCUUCCAUGAGGUGCAGCGCCGCGUCCGCCGCCACAAGAACUACCUUCGUGUCAUCAACAACAUGGAGGCCAGAUUUGCUGUUGCUACUGCAGAGGAGCUGGCAGCUAAUGAUGAUGAUUGUGCCAUCUGCUGGGAUACCAUGUUGACAGCACGCAAACUACCCUGUGGCCAUCUCUUCCACAACUCUUGUUUGCGCUCAUGGCUUGAGCAGGACACCUCGUGUCCAACAUGUCGGACAUCCCUGAAUAUUAAUGGUGACGGGGGCCAGGCAAGAGGCCAGCAGCAGGCCGGGGGAAUGGAAGACAACAUCGGCCCAGUAGGAGCUGCUGCAGAUGCUAGACCACAUAUCAACCAACACAAUCACUUCUUCCACUUUGAUGGAUCUCGCAUUGCCAGCUGGCUGCCCAGUUUCUCAGUGGAAGUAAUGCACACCACCAAUAUCUUGGGCAUCGCUCAGGCCAACAACUCCCAGCUCAUGGCCAUGGCCCAUCAGAUCCAGGAGAUGUUCCCUCAGGUGCCCUCCUAUCUGGUGAUGCAGGACCUGCAGUUGACCCGCUCUGUGGAGGUCACCACUGACAACAUCCUGGAAGGACGCAUCCAGGUGCCCUUCCCGACACAGGCCAUAGAGCGUGCACCGGUGAGCCCUGCAGAUGAGCAGGAAGGGCCCAGUGGAGCAGCUGAGCAGAGCCUCAGUGAGUCAGACAACAUGGAGGUCAGAGGAGGUCGCUUCUCUAAGUCAGCUGAGGAGAGGCAGAAGAUGUUAAAGCAGAGGAAAGAAGAGAUGCUCCUGCAGGCACGCAGGAGAUAUCUGAACAAGAGUCCAGAGGACCAGGAUGAGGAUUUGCCUGGACUAGAGGAGGACAUUCUUCCAGAAUUGAACUUGACUGUGCUGAGACGUAGAACCAUGGCGGCAGCUGCAGAGAGACGCAUGCAAAAUCAACAAGACCCUGCACCCUGAUAAACAGAUAGGCUUCAUCAAAAGAGUCUACCACAUCAUCAUCCCAAGAGGCACUGAGAGAGCUAUUUCAACCCCCCCAUUUGGUGUAUAGUCAAUGGUCAUCACCUAUUCAAAACAAUAAUUAAAAAGCAUUACACACAUGGCCUUUGGACUGUUUUGGGCUGCCUAAAUAAGGUGGGACUAUUGUGAAUGGCCUCUGCCUCACUGAUUCCAGAGUAUUUGGAACAUUAUAUAAAUUAAUGGGUGCAAGUCAAGAAAUGCAAGGUUGCAUUGCCCUUUAUUCAUGUGCCACACAUUGCAACCACCAGCUUCAGUAGGGAGUCAGUAUCUGUUAUGAUUGGGACUGGCUGUCCAAAAUGAGCAUGUUUUUCAGUCAGGAGUCUUUUAUGAGAGGGGUUUGAAGGUGUCAUUACUAGAUAAAGCUGUUUGGGUCCUUGUUUGUUUUCCUUUUUAUCAGAUUUUUUUUUGUUUUUGCUCAUGGUGGAAAGCUACAUAUUCUGGAUGAAAAAACUCAUCUGAUGUAUUUGUGUGUUAUUAUUUUAUGAGUUUCAACUGUGAAUUUGGUGUAGGCAAAAUAACAACAAGUCUCUUACCUUGGAGUAAGAGAAUGUCACUUUAGUAUUGUUCAGCCUUUCUGUCAAAUAUGAAUGUUUCUAUAAAAAUAAUGCUGCAAACGAAGUGUUUUUGACCCGCAUGGGUUCUGUAUUUAGUGUGUAAUAUCACCCAUUGCAAACAGUUUGCAUUUUGUUAUUUAGCAAGGGGGCUGGGGUGGGUGGAGUGGACAUGUAAAUCUUUGUUUUCUAAUACUGUUCCCUUAAGUCGCAUAGGCAACGAAGGGGAUGUAUUAUGUUUUGUACAAGUACAUUGGGUGUCAUCCUCUCAGUCUUUCUUAAAUUACCCUCUGAUAAUGAGCAAUUCUCUCUGAAUAAGAAAAUAUUAUUUUCUACUGAGUAUAUUAAUGAGGUCCUUGGUCAUCUGUGUCCAUCAGUUUGGAAUUUUUAGGGUAUGUAGAAAUAGUUUUAAGUCUGCGACAGCUGGACUUGCUGUUGUCUUUUGAAGACGUGUUGACACUCGUCAACUGGCUUUGGCAGCAGAAUUGAGCAGUAGCAAAAUAUAUGACUUAACAACAAAUCCAGUUGCCUUUGAUUUAAUACUUCUAUGACCUGAAUGACUGAGAAUCUUAAUGAAGACAUAUUUUUUUAUUUGUGCAGCCUUUGUCUACUCACUUUUUAGGAGUGCUAAUUCAAAAAUCAUACCAGCAAGGAACAUAAUAAUCCUCUGUUCAAAGAUCUUAUUUCAAUAAUGUAUAGCAAUCUACAACACGGACUGGGUCCUUAAACAUUUUAGUAUUAUCAAAUUUCACUAAAUCUGUAGCUGGUUGAGACAUAUUGACGGACACAAAGAUGGAGACUGUAUUGUAAGUGUUUGAUUUCUUACAGUGAAAGGGCAAUUUGGGGUGAGAUAUGCAUGAAUCUAGACAAGUGCUUUUGUUUCCUUCCACUUUAUCCCAAAGAGCAGCCCACAAACCUCCACUAAAAGCUGAAGUGUUGUGAUCUUUAUUGUGUGUUUAUUUUAUUGCUCAAACUCUGUUUGGGGGUGUUGUAAGAUGAUACAAUAUAGGAUUUAGAUUUCAGAUUUAAAUUUGUCAAACUGUAAAAAAGAAAUUGGACAGUUUUGUUUUCAUGUUAAGGAUUUUUCAUUCAGUUAUUUAACAAGUCUUAAUAUCCAUGAUAUAUUUUCCUAUUCAUUGGUUAUCUUUCAUAACCAUUAGUUAUUUAAUUAAAACUGAAAUACAUUUUUGGACUGAGCUUUCCUGUAUUUUUGUGCCUAAAUCAAUAAUGGUUCAGUUAUGGAUAAUUUCUGUAAAUCUAGUUUUUGUAAAAUAUGUUAAUACAAAAGACUCAAUAAACAGAGCUUCUACAGCUUUUUUUUAACAAAA